ACCCUAAAAAUCAUUGCUUUAUUAAAAUUUUCGAAACGCAUCGAUGGAUUCGGCGUUUGUGGACAGAGCUUGGGACAAAUGGGUUACUUCGGGUAACGUUGGCUCUUCAGGCAAUCCAUUGAAGGCUGCUAUUUUGAUUAACUAUGAUCCUACAGGACCUUCCCGUCUCUUAUCAACAAUAGCUGAACAAGAAGGGAUUAAUCUCUAUCCAGUUGAUCUAAAGCAAUUUAUCGAUUUCAUGAGACGUGGCAAUCUUCCUACUGAGACCUUUGACUUGGAAUCUGCAGACAUAAUAACAUCAAUUCAUGAGAAUUGGUUCGCUGCUCGGUGUUUAAACACUUCCCAGCCUGCUGGUGAAGGAGCUAUUGUUAUGCAGACUGCGGUUUACGUCUUGGUUGCUCUAUAUGAUGGAUCAAUUGGUUCAGCUUCUCAAGCUAUGGCUGCAGCUGAUCAGUUUGCGUCGCAGCUGAGUCGGAAAAACUUCUAGCUUCAUCAUUUGCGAAAUCACGAGUAUCUACGUUAUUCUCUGUUAUCAAUGUAACCAGCUUUGAUUAUGUUUUGUGAAGGAUCUUUGAGUUUCAAUAACUGUUUUUUUCAUUU